CAUAACCAAAAGUCUACUCGCCUACACAGAUUGUCCUGUUUCAUGUUCCUUUCACUUGAUGGCCGAGCUAUCUUAGAUCCUUAUCUAAUAUCCUUUUCACAGGAACAAGAAACGGUUGACUUUCGUUUCUGUUUGCCUGAUCGAAGUUCCGGCAAGUUGUGACAACCAGCACCCUAUCAAUCAAUUUUCCAAUGCGGAAUGGUUGAAAUGUCCAAUAUGCGCACCGAGAUGGAUACAGACACACCCUAAAUUGGUGCACCUAAGUUUCGUUUCCCCAAAAAAUCUAGGCACUGCAUUAUUUAACCCGGACCCAGUCAUUUCUCCUGCAGUCACUGAUACAGUCAACUGAGGAACCAUGGAACCUCUUACGUUUAUUGCGGUCGCAGUAGGAGCAGGGGCAGCGGUGGUCUUGGCUCCAAUUGCCCUAGGCGCUGUAGGGUUUACCGCCGCUGGCAUCGCCGCAAACUCUGUAGCAGCCGGCAUGAUGGCAUCCGCAGCCACUGCAAGUAGCGGUGGUGUGUUGGCUGGAAGCACCGUUGCCGUUCUACAGUCGGCAGGUGCAGCAGGGUUAGCUGGGUCUACAACUGCAGUGGUGGCUGGUGUUGGAGGAGCAGUGGGAGGAGCAGUGGGAGAAGCAGUGGGAGGAGCAGUGGUGGCUGGUGUUGGAGGAGCAGUGGGAUGGCUCACCGCUACAGCAGCUGCACUCUUCUCAUGAUCCAAAUAUUGAUGAUUGAUAGCUGUCUUGGGACAGCUCUCGUCUAAGACACUUUUAAUCACAAAGAUCACCUCUUUAAAUAUAUAUAUUUUUUAAUCCUUUAUUUAGGGAUACAUAUAAACACUUGAUAAGACGGUGAAGGAAUGCUUAGUGUUAAAAAAUAUAUAUAUUAUUGAAGUUCAUAUCCUCAAUAUUGUGUGCAAUGAAGGCAAAUUAUGACUGACCUGUUCUGUUUGGACAUCUUGGUCAGCUGCACUUUCAAGCCCAGGGCUUUUUUAUACCGUACUUUUUACUUUUUCAUAUUUCAGUUUAAUACCUUCUUUAUCUCAAUCAAAGGUCAAGUGUUGCCAGAUAUAAUGUAAACAUUUGUCUGCUGUCUUUGUCUCUACAUACAGUAUGUGUCAGUACUUAAGUUAAAAUACUUUAAAUAGUACUUAAGAAGUUUUUUGGAGUAUCUGUAAUUUACUAUUUAUAUUUUUGCCAACUUGUACUUUUACUUCACUAAAUUCAUUGUUACGGAUACAGGUAUUCUGGGGGUAUUAGUAGGCGGAUUUCUUCAAAUCUGUACCUCACUGGUCUGUUGUACAUUGCAGUGGUGUAAGGUACUUAAAUAAACAUACUUUGAAUACUA